AUGGGAGGUAUCAACGAAAAGAAAGCCGAGUACUUUAACAAGCUCAGAGAGCUUUUGGAAUCUUACAAGUCCAUCUUUAUUGUCGGUGUUGACAAUGUCUCCUCUCAGCAAAUGCACGAGGUCAGACAGACUCUCCGUGGUAAAGCUGUGAUUCUUAUGGGUAAGAACACCAUGGUCAGAAAGGCCUUGAGAGACUUCGUCGAGGAGCUCCCAGUCUUUGAGAAGCUGUUGCCUUUCGUCAGAGGUAACAUUGGUUUCGUCUUCACCAACGAGGACUUGAAAACCAUCAGAGAUGUGAUCAUCGAGAACAGAGUCGCUGCCCCAGCCAGACCAGGUGCUAUCGCUCCUUUGGAUGUCUUCAUUCCUGCCGGUAACACUGGUAUGGAACCAGGUAAGACCUCUUUCUUCCAAGCUCUUGGUGUCCCAACCAAGAUUUCCAGAGGUACCAUUGAGAUCACCAGUGAUGUUAAGGUUGUUGAGAAAGACUCCAGAGUUGGUCCUUCCGAGGCUCAAUUGUUGAACAUGUUGAACAUCUCUCCUUUCACCUACGGUUUGACUGUUGUUCAAGUUUUCGACGAUGGACAAGUUUUCCCAGCUAACAUUUUGGACAUCACCGAUGACGAGCUGUUGUCUCACUUCACCUCUGCCAUCUCUACCAUUGCCCAAAUCUCUUUGGCUGCUGGUUACCCAACUUUGCCAUCCGUUGGUCACUCUGUUGUCAACCACUACAAGAAUGUUUUGGCUGUCUCCAUUGCUACUGACUACUCCUUUGAGGGUUCUGAAGCUAUCAAGGACAGAUUGGCUAACCCUGAGGCUUACGCUGCUGCUGCUCCUGCUGCCGGUGAGGCUUCUGCUGGUGCCGAGGAGACUGCUGCCGCUGCUGAGGAGGAAGACGAAGAGUCUGAGGACGACGACAUGGGAUUCGGUUUGUUUGAUUAA